AAUUACACGUUUUUUAUUGUUUAUCUGAUCAGCAGAAUUGGAAAGAGGACGCCAAAAUAUAAAAAAAAAAUGAAUACGUUAUUAUCCAGAGCAAACACGAUAUUUGCCUUUACGCUGAGUAUAUUGGCAGCACUGACAUUCAUGUGUUUUCUAACAACUGUAGGCUUGGACACAAAGAAAGAUGUCAAAAUUACAACGGUGAAACAUUCAGUGAGGCACACAUAUACACAGUAUGGUGAGAAUGCAGAUCUUGGAGGGUUUUACUUUGAUCUUCAAGCCAAUUUGGAUCCUCUAUUCAACUGGAACACCAAACAGCUUUUUAUCUAUCUAACUGCGGAGUAUGAGACCAAUCAAAAUAAACUGAAUCAAGUGGUUAUUUGGGACAAGAUCAUCAAGAGGCCAUCAAAUGCUAAUAUCAAUUUCAACAGGAUACAGCCUAAAUAUCCUUUCUUUGAUGAUGGUCAUGGAUUAAAGAACAACCAAAACAUAACCCUGACACUAUCAUGGAACAUCAUUCCCAAUGCUGGCCUUCUCCCUAGAGUUUACGGCAAUGGUAAAGAUGUGUUUGCAUUCCCCAGUGAAUAUACAACACAUAGGAUAUAGAAUGUAGUUAGUAAGGAGGGUUUUUUUCGGGGGUAAGUGCCAACUAACUCAGCACUUGACACAAUUUGGCCUGGCUGAAAAAUUAGGUGCCGAGUUGUCCAACAUGGGAGUGCUAUUUUGUUGACAAAUGUUUGUAUUGCAUACAAAUUGAUUGCAAAGUUGUCUAAUGUGAUUUCAAUGAAUUUGCUAUAUUUUAGUUUCAAUCUUACCAUACAUGUAGGGUUAUGUUUUACAAUGGACAAGUGGGCACCCAAUUUUUUUCAGAGGGGCUGAGUCGUUUAAUUGCUGAGUUGACCUGCACCUGUUUUUUUUUUCCAUUUUUUUUCAUGUCAUCAUGUUUGUGGUGCUCUAUUCUGUGUAUAACACUAGUCACCAAUGAACUUUAAACUGACACCACAAUAUCUCUCUGAAACUCUUGCCUUUGAGGGAAUGGCAUAUGUCUGUUGUUUAGCAGGUAUUGGUGUCGCUCUUGUGACUAAAUCUGGGGAACUUUUCACAAAGCAUCUGAGAAAUAUGCUCUCAGUCAUUCAGCUACAAGGAUUACAGUAGCUUAUAACAAUUGUCAGAGAAAAUCCGAGACAUUUCAUGAAAAGUAAUCUCUCCAGUUCAUGUCUUUUAUAAUUUAGAGUUUUGCAGAAACAUAUUUCUGAAGGGUUACGUGACUCAAAAUAUAGGAAUUUUCUAGUAAUUAUGGAGAUCAUUUCAGAAGAUUUCUUUAGCACUUUUGUGAAUUAUUUUCAUUGAAUUUCAUCUCUAUCAUUUGGUUUUAUUUUCAGAAAAUUGUUUGGAUUGAAUCCAUUAAAAUUGACCUUUAUUGUAAUUUUGAAAAUGGAUUAGUUUUCAAAGUCAAUUUUUCCAUGGAAAAGGGAUAGCAAUAUGGUAGUGACCACCCUGGUUUUAAUUACCAUAAUAGUGUUAGUUCAAUGAAAUAGAUUGCUGAGGGAAUCGGGUAUGGCAGCUAGAGAAUGAAAUUAUGUAUGGUGUGCUGUAUUUUCUAAUUAUUGAAAAAUUGUGUGUGUAUCACGCACAUCCCUGUAUUGUAACACCACAAACAGAUGUUUUUACCAGUUUUGCAUUUAUUUCAUUAGUUUUUAAAGAAAGUAAUGCUACGGACACAAAUGCCUCUACAAACCACAGUACAAACAAUUUUAAUACAUAGCAAUAAAUGUAUGGAAUCAUUUGUACAGUGUUUGUAAAGGUACAUGUAUUUGUGAUCAUUGCAUAAUAAGAUUUAAUUGUGAUUCUACAGUAUAAUUGAAAUGAUGUUUCAAUAUGUGACUGUAACAUAUAAUAUUUCUAUAAUUUAUACUAUUAUGAAAAAAUGUGAACAAACUGCACUGGCUAUAGAAAUUACAUUGAUAAAAAAUGAGAGUAUAUACUGUACAUGGACUGGCUGUUGAAUUAUUUAAAAUCUACAGCACCAGCAUUGUAAUGAUUUGCCAUGAAAUUUGAACAUUUAAAUUACAUUUAUGUGUACUAUAUUGUUUGAUUUUGUUGAACUUGUUCAAUUUAAUGUCUUCUUUCUCUUUACUCCCUUUCUUGUAUUUUUUUUUCAGUUUGAAAUUGAUGUGACAUAGCCUGAGUCACAAUUGUUAAUUUAUGUUGAUUAUUUAUUAAUAGCUGUGUAUUAAAAUAAGGGAGAGUACAUGUAGUUAUUUCUACAUGUACACAUUGCUUGUUAGAUGCAGUCUAUUCAUACUUCAUUUUGUAAAACUUGUUAAUGUUUGUUUUUACUAAUAAGAUUUACAUGAAGUUAAAAAUCCAUCUCGCACAAGUUGAAUCAUAUUGGGGUUUUCUUAUAAAUUCUACUUUGUACGAGGAACCAGCAGCAGGCAAAUGGCUUGGUAGCUUUUUUAUUGUUCUGAAAAUUCUGAAAAUUUUGCGGAGUUGGAAGUACAGAAGUGUCUUAACUUUAGAUUGAGACCAAUUAUUUGCUCCUGUGAGAUAACGGUCUUUUCUAACACAUGUAGGGUUGUGAUUAAAGUUGUUGCUGCAGCAAAACUACACCC